AUGGCCGUCUCGAACCAGCAAGCAGUCUGCCGAGCUUUGCGGGCCAGUGCAUGCGCCAAGCGGCCGAAUGAGGCCGUGCGAGUGCUGGAUUCAAUGCGAGAGGCAGCUUUGGAGUUGGCCGUCCUCCACUACAACUUGGCACUGGGCGCUUGUGUUGCGAACUGGCAGCUGGCUUGCACAUUGCUGGGGCAGAUGUGCAGAAGCCGGAGCAUGGAUGCUUUCAGCUUUUCUAGCUGCAUCAACGCCUGCGCCUAUGCUUCUCGCUGGAGGCAGGUGCUUUGUAUCCUCAGCUCUAUGGAAGCCGAAGAGGUUCAGCAGACGACGAUUUGCUACAACUCGGCCCUCUCUGCGUUGCUUCGGGCUGGCCUCUGGGAGCUUUGCCUGGAGCUGCUCUCGGCGAUGGAGCUGCCUCUGGACAUCGUCUCCUUCACCAUAGCGAUCCAAGCGUGUGAUGAGGGCGGCAGGUGGGACGGCGUGCUACAACUGCUAGGGUGCAUGCGGCCUGCUGAAAUUCAGCCGGAUGUCAUGAGCUUCAACUUAUCUGUACAUUCCAAUGCGCAUCGCUGGUACGGUGCCUUGCAGUUGCUCUCCGACACGCUAUUUUUCAGGAUUCGGCCAAAUCUGCUUAGCUUCCACAGCAUUCUCGGCCCCGAGCUUGGAUGGCGGCGAAUGCUCGAUCUGCUCGGCUUGCUGCAGCUCCAGAACCUAGAGCCAACCACAGUGACGUUCAAUGCCGCGCUGGCGGCCUGUGCCCAGGAGGGUGGAUGGCACCACGCCCAACUUCUCUUCCAGCAAGUCCGAGGAGGUGCGAGAGGAGUUCGGCCCGAUCCAAUCAGCUUCAAUUCCGCGAUGAGGGCAUGCCAAUUGGACCGUUGGCGCUGGUCUUCGGAUCUUCUUUGGACCAUGGAGUUGGCCGGGAAUCUGCCAGAUUGCAUCAGCGUGACGACAAGCAUCAUGGCGAAAGGCAGAGGCAUGCAAUGGCUGCUAGCAGCACAAUGCCUUGAUGCCAAGCGGGGCCCCGCCAUCUUGCCGAAUGUGAUCACAUUCACUGCAGCGGUUGGUGCGUGCGACGGUGCGGGCGCAUGGCUGGCAGCCCUGGCAAUGUUGAACACCAUGGCGCUGUCUACAGUUGAGCGGGAUGCCAUGUCGCAGAACUGGGAGACGAGCACGUGCGCAACAGCUAGCCAGUGGGCGCUGGCUUUGUCUCCGGAUGCCCGAAAGCUGAUUCCGAACCACUUCGGCUCUCUGUCGCUCGCCCUGUCCGAACAUGGUCACCACUGGGAGCUGGCGCUGGAAAUGCUGUCAGGCAGCGGGCAGCAGGGUUUGAAAUCCAGUGCUUUGGCAAUCAGCUCGGCGAUGACGGCUGCCACCUCCUGUGCUCGCUGGCAGCACUCUCUGGAGCUUUUCACCGCUUGCGGCCGAGGUGACAGAGACCUGGCCAUCCACAAUGCUGCCGCCACAGCUCUGGAGAAGGGCAGCAGAUGGUGCUCCGCGCUUGCAGGGCUGGGGGUCCUCCGUGCCUCGCGCUGGGCUCCCGACGAGGUCACGUGCAGCGCCUUAAUCAGCGCCUGCGAGAAGGGCCUAGAGUGGAAGAGGGCCCUGGUGCUCUUCGAGCAGAUGCUGAAGGCGUCACUUCAGGCCAGCGUCAUCGCCUGCGAUGCCACUAUCUCUGCCUGCGAGAAGUGUGGCAAGUGGCAGCAAGCUCUCGCGCUUCUGAACUGCAUGCCCGAAUUAAACCUGCAGCCCAACGACAUCAGCUUCAAUGCAGCAAUUGGCGCCUGUGAGAAGGGCCAACUGCAUGCAGAAGUUGCCUGA